AUGAUCUUAUUCAAGCUCAUAUCCUUGAUCUCAAUUGCUGCUCUAAGCGUGAAUGCCAUCGAUGUCGCGUCUAUUUCUGAAUGUCCAAAACUAGGUCCUAGAAAUGGUACGGCAAAGGACGUCACUGAUCUUCGUGUCGAUGAUAUCCAAGUCAUUGCUGCAUUAGGCGAUAGCAUUAUGGCUGGGUUUGGCAUGAUGGGUAUCAAUAACGGUGAAGGAGGUACUGGAAUUUUAAACUUUAGCUCAGUAUUGGAGUUCCGUGGUAACAGCUAUGGAAUUGGUGGUGAUACUGGGGCUGUCACUUUGGCAAACUUUAUAAGGAAUUAUAACCCAAACGUGCACGGUGCAUCGACCUUGAGCCAUCUUGCCUCUUUAUGCUAUGGCCCCUUGUGUAUUCCGCCGUUGUCCUUAUAUCGACCCUUGAGAGAUAAUUUGAAUGCAGCCCAAAGUGGUGCGAUGGCAAUGAACCUUGACUACGAACUUGACUACCUUAUUCCUCGUAUCAAGUCUCAUUUCCUAUUGUCUGAUGGAUAUAAAACUACGUGGAAAAUGAUUACAAUUCAAAUAGGCAGUAACGACCAAUGUGCUUCUUGUAACAUUUUAACUUCAAAAUACGUUACCCCAGAAGCUUAUGGUAAAUACGUGGAUGCUGCUAUUCAAAGAAUCCAGAAGGAGAUUCCUAAAGUUGUGGUGAAUUUGCUUGGAUCUUUUAAAGUCUCAGGAGUCUUUCCUUUAACUGCUGGCCAGACGAAAUAUUGUAAACCCAAUGGUAUCUUGGAAAAUAAGAUUGAAUGUAGUUGCUCCAGCUCUGCAGACAAACUGGCAAGUAUGGAUGCUGUCUCUGAUGGAUACAAUAAGCAGUUGCAGGCAAUUGCUGCAAAGUACCCAGGAAAGCCUGGAGGAACAUUUGCGGUCAUGUACACUCCUGCUCCAAUUGACUUGUCUUCUUUUCCUGUUGAUGCUCUUAGCAACCUCGAUUGUUUCCACCCUAGCUUGAAGGGUCAUCGAUGGAUAGCAAAGACCUUCUGGAAUCAAUUAUUCCUCAAGAAUUCUGAAAAACCUCCUAUCAUCAAGUUUGAUGAAGGCCUGAAGAUUUAUUGUCCUACUGAUAGUGAUAGGUUGCCAACCAUCUCUGUCUAA